AUGAACAAAACAACAGCCACCUUUAAUCUUUCAAAGUUUGUUUCACUUUUCAAGUCAUCACAAGACUAUAGUAUCGCCAAUGCCGAUCCACCACCAUCCACAGCCGUUGAAUAUGGAUGGUUAUGGAUUCUUGAAAACUAUGGCGAAUUUGGUCUCUUUUUAAUCUUUUAUGGUCUCAUGGCUGUCUUGUAUGCAGUCGGUGGUUAUGUCUUUUAUCUCUUUGAUAAAUAUAAAUUAUUCCGUUCAAGAAAGAUUCAAGUCAAGAAAUACCCAAGUGAAUCAGAUAUUAAAAGAUGUCUAAAUAAUUUAAUUACCAAUUAUAUUUUGGUGAUUUUACCAAUUGGUAUCGUUUCCUUCCCAUUCUCUAAAGUAUUGGGUAUGUCACACUCGAUUCCAACCGUUUGGAGAUUCUUGUUUGACAUUUUACUCUGUUUGAUCGGUGAAGACUUUUUCCACUAUUGGAUGCACAGAUUCUUCCACACCCCAUGGUUCUACAAGAAUAUCCAUAAAGAGCAUCACUACUACUCUGCUCCAUUUGGUUUCACUGCCUCGUACGCCCACCCCAUCGAAGUCAUCUUUUUGGGUAUUGCCACUUUUGCUCCAGCCAUGAUCUUGCGUCCCAACUACAUCACCUUUUACUCGUGGUUCAUCAUCCGUCAACUCGACGCUGUCCUAACCCAUUCCGGUUACGAUAUCGAAUUGUUCCCAUUCAACUUGUUGCCAUACUAUGGUGGUGUCUCUUUCCACGACUAUCAUCACAAGGAAUUCACUUGCAACUAUGGUAGUCGUUUCACUUGGUUGGACAAGUUACUUGGUACCUACAAAGAACCUGUCAUCAAACCUGAAAACCCUAAAAAAUCUGAAUAA